AUUUCUCAACCAAAACACACAAACAAAAAGUUUCUUUAGAAAUCAAAUCAAAUGGAAAAGGAAAGAGAGAUGGAGAUGAUCAACAAGAUGGCAAGUUGCUUGAUCCUUCUAUCAAAGGCUCACCAAAACGACACCAAAAGCCGUGUUUUCGCGUGCAAGACAUGCAACAAAGAGUUCCCGUCGUUCCAAGCCUUGGGAGGCCACCGAGCAAGCCACCGCAGAUCGGCGGCACUUGAAGGCCACGCGCCUCCAUCUCCGAAGAGAGUCAAACCGGUGAAACACGAGUGUCCCAUAUGCGGUGCCGAGUUCGCCGUAGGGCAAGCGUUGGGUGGUCACAUGAGGAAGCAUCGAACAGGAGGAGGUCGGAGUUUGGCACCGAAGCCGGUGACGAUGAAGAAAUCCGGUGGUGGUAAUGGAAAGAGGGUUUUGUGUUUGGAUUUGAACUUGACGCCAUUAGAGAAUGAAGAUUUGAAGUUGGAGCUUGGAAGGUUGAUUUUCUAAUUUACAUCUUUGAUUUUCUUCUUCUUUUGGGGGUAUACUUGUGUAGAGUAAGGUUAUUUUAUUUAUCUAAUUUUUUUUUUAGGCAGUAAGUUUUGUAUGAAGAACUUUAUGGUACCGUCAUGUAUAGAUACAUAUAUACAUCUUA